UACAGCGAGUGGUGUCUAAACGGACUGCUCUCAUACAAUGAGAUCGUUCAGAUGACCGUGUCGGUUUUAUGGAAGCGUCCACAUUUUGCAGGAUAUAAUCCAUUAAAUUACUUGAAAAAUAGUGUUAACGUACCCACGACAUAUGGUACAUAACAAACGGUUAUUUUAAAUAAUACAUAUUUAGUGAUAUAUAUCUAUGCGUGUUUGUUACCUAGCUUCUGCAAAGCCAUCUGUUCAUACUGUUCGUACAGCUUGCAGCAAAAUAAAGCUGUUUUAGGCAUCUUCCAGUGUAGGCUAUUACACUAAUCUCCAAGUUUCACAGCUGUUACCUAUCUUUGGACUGUUUGCAGUGAACAUGGACGAAGACAGUCAAGUACCUGAGGAUCUCUCGCUAGAUGAAAGGGACGAGCUGUCAAACAUACGACGGAGGAAAAAAGAGCUGUUGGAUGAUAUUGAGAGGUUGAAGUUUGAGAUUGCUGAAGUCAUGACUGAAAUUGAACAGUUGACAUGUGUGGGGGAGAGCAAAACAUCACAGAGAAACAAACAGAUUGCCAUGGGCAGGAAGAAAUUUAAUAUGGAUCCUAAAAAAGGAAUUCAGUUUCUCCUGGAAAACGACCUGUUACAGAACACUCCUGAAGACAUUGCACAGUUUCUGUACAAAGGCGAGGGUCUGAACAAAACUGUUAUUGGGGAUUACUUAGGGGAGCGGGAUGAUUUUAACAUCAAGGUCCUCCAGGCAUUUGUGGAGCUUCAUGAGUUUGCAGAUCUUAACCUUGUGCAGGCUUUGAGGCAAUUUCUGUGGAGCUUUAGACUCCCUGGAGAAGCUCAGAAAAUUGAUCGGAUGAUGGAGGCCUUUGCGUCACGCUACUGCCAGUGUAACCCAGGAGUCUUUCAAUCCACAGACACAUGCUACGUGCUCUCCUUUGCCAUCAUCAUGCUGAACACCAGUCUGCAUAACCCCAACGUUCGGGACAAGCCAGCGGUGGAGAGGUUUAUCUCCAUGAACCGUGGGAUCAAUGAAGGAGGAGACCUGCCAGAGGAGCUUCUGAGAAAUUUAUAUGAAAGUAUUAAGAACGAACCAUUCAAAAUCCCAGAAGACGAUGGAAACGACCUGACGCACACGUUCUUCAACCCAGACAGAGAAGGGUGGCUGUUGAAGUUAGGAGGAAGAGUGAAAACCUGGAAACGGAGGUGGUUCAUUUUGACUGACAACUGCCUGUAUUACUUUGAGUACACAACAGACAAGGAGCCUCGCGGGAUCAUCCCUCUGGAAAACCUGAGCAUCAGGGAGGUCGAGGAACCCAGGAAGCCUAACUGUUUCGAGCUGUAUAACCCCAAUCACAAAGGCCAGGUGAUCAAGGCUUGCAAGACGGAGGCUGACGGCCGGGUGGUGGAGGGGAACCACGUGGUUUACAGGAUAUCUGCUCCCACACCAGAGGAGAAGGAAGAGUGGAUCAAGUCAAUAAAAGCAAGCAUCAGCAGAGAUCCUUUCUACGACAUGUUGGCAACCAGGAAACGACGGAUUGCCAAUAAGAAGUGAGAGCCAACAGUUCCAGGCCCUGCUUCAGUGUCCCCAGGACAGGCUGUGUUCUCAAGGGGAUCUUAAACACUGAGGACACCUGGGUCAUGGCACUGGAGCAGGGUCUACAGACCGGGAUACAGGACCAGACAGAAAAGCUAAGCUAGAGACUCUGAGACAACAGUGUGAGAGCAACCCUGUCACCCCAACCACUUUCCCCUUAGUUAUUCUUCAGCACCGUUUCACCCCGUGUGCCUAUCCCUGGUUUGUUUCAGUGACUUCAGUAGCACAACUGCCGUUUUUUAUUAUGCAUGGAUGUAUGUACACAAAGGCAAAGGACUAAAUGUGGGGAAGACAAUCAGUUUUCUCAUAAAACGUCAGUAUGACUCGUGGAAGAAUCGUGGGCAUUUUUGGAGGCACUGAAUAUGAACAUUGAUCACCAUGAAGAAAGUGCCCUUACACACACAUUGCAAAGGACAGACUCUGCAGGCAAGAGGGCCCAGCAGCUCCAGCCGUGGCACGGCUCUGCCUGCAUGAGAUCUCAACAGAGAACUACAAAGGGUCUCCACUUUCUCUGAUGCUGAGCCCAGAUGUCAAAGGAUGCUCCCUCUUCUAAUCCCAUGGAUACCUCUUUAAUUUGCCUUAUCUGUGGCAAACUAAAUUAACAUCUUCAUUUUGGGGUGCUACCUAAAUAACUGAGAAUAAUGACAAUAGUCAGUGUCAGCAGGGCUGAUUACUUAUAUAUUGCAUUGAAUACAAAAAAAACUAUUUAUAUCCCUUUUCUGUCAGUGAGCAAAUGGCAACCAGAUGGUCAAGUUUAUACAUUCCUUUUAGAAGUCCUAUAUAAACAGUGGCACAGAUAGGUAUCGAUAUACAAAGCAAUACACUGUCUGUGCCGUUAUUUUUGUAAACUGUCAUAAUGUGCAAGUAAAACUGCUGGCUUACAAUUUGUGUACUGAAGAUCCACUCCCGUAAUUAGUUGCUUUAAUAUUUAUUUUUGUUCUUAAAUCAUUUAAAAUUGUAGAUUUUUUAAGUUAUGUGUAAAUAAUGUAAAGUUUGUGUUUGUUUUCCUCAUUAUUUUUGUUAGUAUUAUUGCUAGUAAACUUAAUGGUUGUAGCUUGCAUCAAUGUUAAAACAAGCAUUAUGGCAUUAACAAAACACAACUCCGGGGUAAGUAAGGCCUGGAGUGGUGUUUGGGGGUUGUAGCUACACGGUGACAGAAUGAAGAAAGAUGAAGCUGAAGCCAGUAGUGUUUUACAUAAAAAUGUAAAAUGGAAGCCCAGACCCAAAUGCCCUGUGGGAAGGUGAACCUUACAAUAUCAUAACCACAGGCCGUGUACAUACGCACAUGCAUAUGACAUGUUGCAUCUCUUAAGUACUACAUGAAGAAUUACAUGUUUAGACCUUCCUGUACGUGUUUAAAAA